CAGUCCCUUGUAUGUAUGUUUCCCUGACCUACAUUUUAUUUUUCAGGUUGCAACGGUUAACGUUGGGGAUUCGGUACGGUGCCUCAGACAAUGAGUGAAGCAAGCAGAAACAAGCGGUCUCCGCUUGGCCACAUGGUGGAGCAUCGCUGAAAGAAAUCCCGGUACAUUUUAACUCAUUGAUGUUACCGUUCACCGAAUUUGAAAACAUUACGAGAAAGAAAGAAAAGAAAGAAAAAAGAUGUAACACAGUGAAGGCUUCUCUAUCUUCUUUCAAGGGUCUUGUGUGUGUGUAUAUAUCUGUGUCUGCUUAAGAGAAUUUUCCUCUGCUGGUCCUGCAAUGCUUAGCCAGGCAGAUGAAGGAGAUCUGGAAGGAGCCUUACUGAGAUGACUGUGCCGAGCAUCAGCUCCAGUUGCAGUGGUGUUAACAGUGUCUGGUGCAGCAGUAACGGCGGCGGCAGCAACAACCACAGAUAUGGCCAAGAGCAUCAUCUGAGUCCCACUGGCCACCUAGUCACAGCCAUCUGCCUUGGCAUCAUUGGGAUUCUGGGUUUCCUAAAUAAUCUCCUGGUCCUGGUACUUUUCUGCCGAAACAAAGUGCUGCGGUCUCCGAUUAACUUGCUGCUGAUGAACAUUUCAGUGAGUGACCUGAUGGUGUGCAUUGUGGGUACCCCUUUCAGCUUUGCGGCCAGCACUCAGGGAAGAUGGCUCAUAGGGCCAGCCGGCUGCGUGUGGUAUGGCUUUGCCAACACCUUGUUUGGUACGGUGUCACUUAUAUCCCUGGCUGUGCUUUCGUAUGAACGCUAUUGCACCAUGAUGGGUACAACUGAAGCUGAUGCCACAAACUACAAGAAAGUAUGGCUGGGAAUCUUCGUGUCCUGGAUGUAUUCUUUAUUCUGGACCUUGCCACCACUUUUUGGAUGGAGUAGCUAUGGACCAGAAGGACCAGGCACGACAUGUUCAGUUAACUGGCAUUCACGGGAUGCUAACAAUGUAUCUUACAUAAUUUGCCUCUUCGUCUUUUGCCUUGUCCUUCCUUUUAUCAUUAUUGUUUACUGCUAUGGGAAGCUGCUGUGUGCCAUAAAGCAGGUGAGUGGAUUUUUCAAUCUUUUUGACAGAGUGUCAGUGUGUUGUGUAGCAUCCAAUGGCAAGUCAAAGUCAGAUCAAGGUACAGGCAGGCCCCACUUACUGAACACAAUGCUUUCCCUGGAAUUCAUUCAUUAG